UGCCCCGAACUGCGUCUCCAGGCCCCCGUUGUAGUGCCCCAGGAAGUCAUCCCAGGUUUGCGUGUGGUGUCUAUACUUCUGCCACACCCUUCAUCCCAUCUCAACGCACGACUAUCCUUGCCUCUUUUCCUCAACACCUCCCCUGACAACUAAACCCCAGGUCUUGUGCGUUGCCCCUCGUUGGCCCAAACCACUCACCAUUCCGUAUUCGAGAAAUAUCCAGACGAAAAACUUUCGUGGCGUCGAAAGUAGCCCUCCAAUAACCAUCCCAUCUGGCCCUGCUUCCGUCCCGACCAACUUAAGAACAUCGUUCCACCGUCGAGCAUUCGCAUGUUGUCAUAACACUCGCAUCUCGCCCCCCCUUCUUGUGUUCCCGGGUUCUUUUACAUCUUGAUCCUAUCUGACGAGGAACGACACACUUGUUGGACUCACCUUUGUCUCAAAACUUGACCAUCGCUCUCAAGGACCAACUGCUUGACUGGCCCCUACACACCAUCACCGCCGUCAUUAUUCAAAUACAUACACGUCUAUGUGUCUGCUAUUGAAGCACAAUCAGCAUUAAGGAGAUAUUCACACAACCCUUGGCAUCAUGCCCGGCAUUCUGCCGAUGAAGAUGAUCCGGGUGGGCAGCGCAGCACAAAGUCGGAUCGCCCAGGCGUGCGACAGGUGCAGGAGCAAGAAGAUCAGGUGCGAUGGGGUCAGACCUUGCUGUACCCAAUGCGCCAACGUCGGUUUCGAAUGCAAGACCAGCGACAAACUCAGUCGGAGAGCCUUCCCACGCGGUUACACAGAGUCCCUGGAAGAUCGUGUCCGGGGACUAGAAGCUGAGGUGCGGGAGUUGAAGUCUCUGUUGGACGAGAAGGACGAAAAGAUCGACAUGCUGUCGCGCAUACACAGUUUCUCUCCUCCGGCGCGAAAGUGCUCGGACUCUCUGUCGCCGUCCCAGGUGGUGGAGGUGAAGGCUGAAGUCGAGUCGGCCAGGGAAGAAGUCUUGCACGUCGAAAUCCCGGCGCCGGUACACUCCAAGGCGACAUCGACCGGAUCAACCACCACGGCUUCUUUCAUCGAGGCUUUUGAUCACAAAGUACAAGAAGCUGGCCGACAAACUCCUGGAGUAUCUUCUUCCGCUCUCCAGAAGGCUGUACAACCUGUCCGCCAGGGCCUUGCAUCUGGACCCAAGAUCCCGCCGAGAAUUCUCUCUGAUCAGUAUAUCAAUCUUUUCUUCCAAGAGUGGCAGCCUCUGCUUCCCGUACUCCACCGUCCGACCUUCUUGCGUGUGUACGAGCAGUAUGUUUCCAACCCUGAUUCAGGCAACUGGCAGAACAACAAACAGUCACUGGCCCAGUUGUACUUGAUCUUUGAAAUCUCUGCCCUGUCCAACAUCACUACGUCCAAAAAGAAUGCACCAUCUUUCGAGAGCCAUUGGCGCAAGGCUUUGUAUUCGACCUCUUCCACGGCAUCGGUUUCUACUCUACAAUGCCACGUCCUUGCUCAGAUUUGUUAUUUGUUGCGGGCCGAUUCGACUCAUCUUCUGCGACAUCGAGGCAUUGCGGUGACCAUGUGCCAUGAACUGGGUCUCCACCAGGGCCACAAAUAUCAUAGUCUGUCACCUCUUGAGUCCGAGACGAGAAAGAAGGUCUUUUGGUGUCAAUACGUUCUGGACAAAUUUACCUCUGCAACCACAGGUACUCCCAUGCUCUUGAGGGACGACGAUAUCUCGGCUGAACUCCCUGCCGAAGUGGAUGAUGAGAACCUCAGCACCCAAGGUUUCUCACCUACUUUGCCAGGAGAGGUCACCAAGAUUUCCAGUGCUCUUGCCCUCUUCCGUGUCACCAGAAUCUUGUCAAAGGCGUUGGACAAUCUCUAUCCAGCCAAAGCUACCUAUCAACUCUCAUUGAACAAGCUGCACGCUUUGUCGGACGAGCUUGAUCAGUGGUCGGAAGAAUUACCUGAGCACCUUCGUUUGCGAUUCAUCAACGACAAGCCUGCGACACACUUGGUUAGUGACAGGUCGCCGUUGCUUUCUAUCGCAUACUUUUACACACGUAGCCUGAUUCACCGGCCCCUCCUCUGCCACAGCUCUGGAAGUUCGGCGUCGGCCGCCAAUAUCGUUCUUGCUGCAGCUGGCAAACACAUUCUCCAGAUCAUGGAUCUUUUGAUCGAACGACGUAUGAGCUACACUUUGCCUCUCAACAAGAUCGAUCUGCUUUUGAACUCUGGCCUUGCGAUCCUGUGGCAAUCUCUCGAUCUGGAAGAAGACAGUAAACUGGUCAAGGACAAUCAGAAGUCGCUGAAUUAUCUGACCACGAUGAUCCAGAACGAGAGCCCGAUUGUUGCAUCCGAAUUCCAGAAGAUGGCCACCACCUUUGUCACACUCGAUGCACGACCUGCCUUGUCACCCAAGAGCAUGAGUCCUGACACCACCGCCCAGAGACCAUCGGCCGCCAGGAGUGCCGUCUCUGACCCCAAUAAGUCCAAGUCGACUCGGAAGCAACUCCAAGCCAUCGCUUCGAAAUGGUCCAGCUUCAACAACAACAACACCAAGACGACUCGAGACGAGGAGGAGUGUGGACGUCGUGCCACCGUACCUCAAACCACGCCGGCACCUCAAAUGCAACAACCACACCGGGCUGCCAGCACCACCAGUUUAUCUUCGACACGAUCGGCACCUGCCGUGGCAGCUGCGGCUGUAGCUUCGGUUGCUCCACACGCACUGGCUCCCUGCAGGAGUGUCGACGACCCGAUGAUGAUCAACCUGGAUUAUCUGCCGAUCGGGGACGACUUUGGUGGUGACUCUCAGACUCGAACGUCGUCCAGCACGAUGCUUCCACCCAAGCAACAACAACAGCAGCAACAGACCACAGCGGCAGCCAUCAUGCCAUCGGACGCGAGCUGGGAUCACUUGUUGAACAACUUUGACAACAACAACGGCUGCGGAUUGUACCCCGACAUGAACGCCAAUGGUCUUUACCAAGUCCCCAGCAACGAAUGGACCACCGAUGCCUGGAACCUGACGGGCAUGGAAUUUGCCUCCAAGGCUCCUGUCCCACAGAGUUUGUUGAGUUUCUCCGAGGAAUCUCUCACCAGUGGCGACGAUUUCUUGUUUAGUGCCCCUCCGAGCAACAAUGGAUCGGCGGCGGCCACCGGGGAAGCCAUCGAUCUCACCGAGCAUUACGGAGGAAUCACCAUUCCCGUGGAUGACGAAUUUGAUGUACAUGAGAUUGAAGCUUGAGCACGGGAGUACGAUGGAAUAAUGGAUAAUGGGAUGAUGGGAUGAUGGGAUUUUUGACCAGAAACUUCUUGUCUUUUUUUACUGUUGGCUCUUUCUUUUUUGCUUUCACAGGGGGGCCAGGGGGCUUAGGAUGUCAGUCAUCAGCAAGAGAUACCCAAGAAAAAAAGGUGUUUUGUAUAGGGAUUUGUGACAAAGUGAUACCAAGGCUGAAGUUGAAGGAGAAGAAAGACUUCUAGUGUGGCCAAAUUCAGGACGCAUGAUCGAUCAUACGCAGUACAAAAGGAUAUUUACCUAGGUACCAACCCACCUACAUAGGUACUUUGUGCGUUUUUACCUUGUACUUUGCUUUGUCUAUUCAGUACAGCCGAAUGAACAAGUACUACACUAC